AUGCGUGCGACCCGCGGCCAUGUGAGUCCUAAUAAGGGUCUUGCAGCGGGGUAUGCGGAGGAUGAUGCUGCUGAGCGGGCAGCAGAUCAAUUGAGUGCCUGGGAUGCCAAUACACGGCGCUUUGCACUCCAAAGCCUGGGACUCCUGGGGCCCAAAGCCUCGGAUCACCUGCCGGAGAUGGCGAAACUGCUGGAGGAUGAGGAGCCGGAGGUUCGCAAGGCUGCCGCCCAAGCCUGUGGCCGCGUGGGUGGUGGGGCCCGGGAUUUGGCCAUGGCUCUGAAGGAUGCAGAGGCUGCUGUGCGGAGCGAAGCAGCCACAGCGCUGGGGCGAUUAGGAUCGCAGGCCAAGCCACAGCUUGAACGCAUUGUAGCUUUAGCCAAGGAUCCAGAUCAAGACGCCGCUGCUGCAGCCGUCACCUGCCUUGCAAAUAUUGGCGAGGCUCAAGCGUUGGCGGCUUUCAUGGACAGCCUGAGCCUUGUGAGCAGGGCCUACUUCCUACGAGUGCUUGGACGAUUUGGAGACUUCGAGGUGCUCUUGGAUGCGUAUGGAUCUAGCUCGACUUCGAUCGACGUAGCCCACUUCUUGGAGUGGCUGAAACCGGAAGUGCCUCCACAGCUCCAGGCAAGCGCCGCGAGCGCCGCGAGCGCUUCGGCACUGGUGGAGGACUUGGCACGGCGCUCGGUGACGCUGCGGACACUGCUGAAGUUCCUGAGGAGCUUGCCGAAGACCAUGCCACACUUCAAUGUGGAACGCACGAGGACGGUGGAUGUGGUUUGGCAGGUGAUUAUACCUGAGACUGCCACCAGAGGAUGCUCCUAUGCUGAGCUGCUGGAGUCUGAAAGGCGGUUACCUGACAAGAUGAUCUCUCACAACUGGGGAAAUCUCUUUGCACAUUUGAUGGCUGCAGUCUUUGCAGAUGCAGCAGGGAAGCCAAGCUUUAGUGCCAUUUUAUCAUGGCUACAACUCGGUGCCAAAGGAUUGGACAUGAUUGAAGCCUUGAUUGAGGACGCGGGCCAGCUGGACAGCACACGUUGGCUGUGCAUUUUCGCAGUGAACCAGCACAUCUCAAUUUGCGAUUCAACCUGGGGAUGCCGGGAUUCUGUGACCAAUGUGCCUUUCACAGGGUGUGGCUGCAAGAGGAGGAAGUUUCAUUCUGGACCUCGCUGUGAAAUGGACAAGUUCGAUGCCAUGAUUACGCUCUUCAAACAGAAGAAGCCAGGCUACGAACACAUCCUUGCUGUAGAUUCCCAGGUCGGCCUCCUCAACAGGAUUUGGGUGGUCGCAGAGGUGGCUGAGGUCUUCCGGCAGGAGUUGCCAUGCAAGGUGGUGCUCCACCAGCCAAGCUCGGAUCUUGAAGAGAAGACCAUGGCGCUCAACGUUUGGACUGCAGAGGCUAGUCGUCCUGAAGAUGUCAGUAUGAUUCUGGAUAAAAUCGAAGACAAGGACGUGUUCAACGAACGUACCAAAGCGGCAUUGCUAGCUGUUGGGUACUUGGCCAGCCUGGAGGCACAUGUGGAGAUGAGAUAUCAUCUGCGUGGUAUCUCGAGUGCUGAAGCAGAUGCUGCCUUUCUCCGAACGGUCGACGCUUGCCGAGCAAAGCUGCGCCAGCUCCGAGCAAGUCAGUCUGAGGUGCUUGAGAUUUGGCGCAGCUUCAAUGAGGACGAAAAGAUUGGUUCCUCUGACAGGGAUACAAAAGCUAUGAUUGCUUUGGUCAAUAUGAUUCGCGAGUGUGAUUUGAUGCUUCCAGAGUGCUUCAUUAAGACUUACAGAGAGGCAGCCUUCCCAGAGGGAAGCUCGUGA